AUGUCGUCUACCUUCAGCCGAAACAGGCCCGGGAGGCGCUGGGCCAUGGCGGUCGGAGCCAUCGCCGCCCUCGUCCUGGCGGCCGCCGCCGUCGGCGUCCUGGCCGCCCCGAGGGACGCACCGAGGCCGGCGCCGGCGCCGCAGCCGUCGCCCGACCUCGGCUACCUGGUGGAGCGGACCAAGUUCCUGAGCGACGAGUCGCAGCGCUUCCUGGGCAACAGCCUCGUGCUCGGCGCCGCCGAGCAGCGAGUCAACGGGCUCCUCAUGGCCUGGAAGCAGAAGGAGUACAACGUCCCGGAGGCCGACUUCCUGCCCGCGCACUCCUUCUUCCUUGUCCGGGAGGCCAUCGAGCGCUCGCCCGUGUACAAGUUCAUCAAGCGCAUGCCCAAAGGUGCCGUGCUGCACGUCCACGACCUCUCCGCCGCCAACGCCGACUACGUGGUGCAGAACGUGACGUACCGCGACCACCUCUGGGGACGCGUCUCUGACGCGGAGGUGCAGCUGCGCUUCGCGGCCGCGGCCCCCGCCCCCGGCUGGGAGCUCGUCGCCGACCUGCGCCGCCGUGCUGCCUCCGUCGCGGACUUCGACGCCAGGCUGGAGAGGGCGUUCACCAUCACGGACAUGAACCCCGCCCAGACUUACCCGGACCAGAAGACGGUUUGGCACGCGUUCGACACCACGUUCGGGGUGCUGUUCUCCCUGCUCACCUACGCCCCCGUGUUCCGGGACUACUUCCGGCGCACGCUGCAGGAGUUCUACGAGGACAACGUCAUGUAUGUCGAAAUACGAGGAGUACUCCCCACACUGUUCGAGCUCGACGGCAGGGAGUACGGCCAGCUGGAGGUGGCGGCCCUCUACCAGCAGGUCGCCGACGAGUUCCGCCGCGUGCACCCGGACUUCCUGGGCGUCCGGCUGAUCUACGCGCCCAGCCGCCAUGUGUCGGUGGGCCAGGUGCACGAGUACGUGGCGUUCUUCCGCCAGCUCAAGACGCAGUUCCCGGACUUCGUGGCGGGCUUCGACCUGGUGGCGCACGAGGACGAUGGCCGGCCGCUGAUCGACUUCGUGCCGUCGCUGCUGCAGCUGCGGCGCGACGUGCCCGACGUCAAGUACUUCUUCCACGCGGGGGAGACGAACUGGGAACAAUCUCUGACGGACGAGAACCUGGUGGACGCCGUGCUCCUGAACACGACUCGCAUCGGGCACGGCUUCGCCAUCGACAAGCACCCGAAGGUGAUGGAGGUCGUCAAGUCCAGGGGGAUCGGCAUCGAGCUCAACCCCAUCUCGAACCAGGUGCUGAACCUGGUGCGGGACCUGCGCAACCACCCGGGGGCGGCGCUGCUGGCCGACGACUACCCCGUGGUGAUCAGCAGCGACGACCCGGGCAUGUGGGGCGCGCGCGGCCUCAGCUACGACUUCUACGAGGCCUUCAUGGGCAUGACGGGGCUCAAGGCGGACCUGCGCACGCUCAAGCAGCUCACCAUCAACUCCAUCCGGUACAGCGCCAUGGGCGAGCUGGAGAAGGAGGAGGCGCUGUCGCGGCUGGCUCAGCGCUGGCAGGAGUUCAUCGCGGACGUGGACAACAGCCGGCUGGUGCUCCUCCAGCUGCGAGGCCUGUCGGCCGACUCGACCGACCACGACAACUCCAUCCACAGCGGCACCAGCUGGGAGGCGUAGAGGGAGCGCGUGAGUGAGAGAGCAAGCACGACUGUGUGUGUGUGUGUGUGUGUGUGUGUGUGUGUGUGUGCGCGUGCGUGUGCGUGUGCGCGCCUGUUGGGCGCCAAGCAGUUAGAUGGCGGCAGUAUUAGGCGUACUUGACGUUGACGUGUUGUUGACUUGUCUAAUUUCCGUUUGUCGAGCGCGAGUAUGCGACUCGACGGCUGCCGUUUCUUUAUUAUUUAUUUCGAUAGCUCGUGUAUUCGCGCGAUGCGUGCGGACCGCCAUGUACAUAUGUAAAUAAUGUCGCAAUAAACGGAAAGUGAAGCGAA